CCCGUCCACCUGUCCACCUGUCCACCUGCCCACCUGUCCACCUGUCCACCUGUCCACCUGUCAACCAUGAUCGAUCUCUCCAAGCCGCGCUACGAUCAGUCGACGUACUGGGGCCGUCUCCGCCACUUUUCGGAAAUCACAAGCCCGACAACCCUGUUCACCACCGAUGCCGAGCUCGAGCGGGCCAAGCAGAUCCUCCGUGACUACAAGGCCGGAAUCCUCCAGCUUUCUGACGAAGAGGAGGAGAAGCUCUGGAGAGCCAAGAGACUGGUCGACAGUACCAUCCACCCCGACACCGGGGAGAAGGUCGUGCUGCCAUUCCGCAUGGCGGCUUUUGUCCCCACGAACGUGCUGAUCGUCGCUGGCAUGCUUUUGCCAAACCCUUCGAUUGCCUCCAUCAUCUUCUGGCAAUGGGUCAACCAGUCCGUCAACGUCGCCUUCAACUACUUCAACGCCAACAAGUCGACCGAGAUGAACGUGACCGAGACCGCCACGGCCUACUGCAUGGCAGUGGCCUCGUCCUGCACCAUCGCCGUGGGCAUGAACGAAUGGGUCAAGCGGGUCAAGCAUGUCACUCCGCUCAUGAAGACGGUGCUUCAGCGGGCCGUGCCCUUCACAGCCGUGGCUGCUGCCGGUACCCUCAACGUUUUCCUCAUGAGACAGAAGGAGUUGGUUGAUGGCAUCGAUAUCCAAGACGAGCACGGCAACAACCUCGGCAAGUCAACUGCUGCGGGCGCCAAAGCCAUCACCCAGGUCGCUGUCUCGCGCGUUGCCACCUCCUUCCCGGUGGUGUUCAUUCCCGGCAUGAUCAUGUCGCAGCUCGAGCGGACUCGAUGGUUGAGGGCCAACCCACGACUCGUCAUGCCAGUCAACCUCCUGACCAUCACCGGCUCUCUGAUGGCGGCCCUGCCCUGUGCCAUUGCGCUGUUCCCCCAGACGGCGUCGAUGCCCGUGAGCCAGCUGGAGCCCAAGUUCCACGACCUGCGCGAUGCCAACGGCAACCCGAUCAAGACAGUCUAUUUCAACCGAGGGUUGUAGAUUCCAAAGCCUGUGACACUGGGGCACUGGGGCACUGGGGCACUUGGGCACUUGGGCACUUGGGCACUUAGGGUCGAUAUAUAUCUCGAAGGCUUGCCACGAAUCGUGCGAUGGCAGAAUUUGAGAUUUGUCGUUGAGCCCAAUACAGUUGGUUCGGACCUCGAAA